CCUCAGCAUCUGAAGCUCCUCAUUCAGACAUUCAGCAUCAGCACCAGAGUAGAGGUGCAGGGGGAAGAUGUUGGUGAAAAGGUGUUUAAUGGCCUCGGUGCCGACGCCCCUCGCCUCCAGCGAUUCUGUGGGACCGUGUCUCCUGGGACUCAGGUCAAGUCAUCUGGGAACGCCAUGGCAGUGGUGUUCCGCACCGAUGCUUCUGUGUCCAGCGGAGGCUUCAUGGCUACGUACUCCUCAGAUGAGCCUGCAGAAUGUGGUGGGAUUCUGAAUGACCCAUCAGGAGGAAACUUCACCUCCCCUGGAUACCUGGUGUCCAACUACAGCAACAACCUGAACUGUGAGUGGUUGAUCCAGAACCCGCUACACAUCAACUCCUCCAUCGUGGUCCUUAUUGAAGACCUGCACCUGGAAAACCAUCAGACCUGCGAGCUGGACUACCUCCAGUUCCGCCUGGGCGACGCCGAUGGGGACCCAUUGGGCAGGUUUUGUGGGCAAAGUAUCCCACCUGUCCCUAUAGUAGUGUUUACUCCAGAACUCUGGGUCCAUUUCCAGACCGACUCCUCACAGGGAGAUUUGGGCUUCAAGGCCAAGUACUUGUUCUCAGAAUGUGGAGGCUGGCAGACAGGAAACGGCGGGGUGAUAUCCAGCCCUAAUUACCCCGACCAGUACCCCAGCCCCAGUCGCUGCGCCUGGCUCCUGGAAGCUCCCGUGGGCCACACCAUCACG